UAGGUUGGUGAAGACGUUAUCGAAACAGUCAAACAAACCAUGAAAUUAAACCUGCCCUCUCCUAUAAAGCAAAUCCAAUUCUUGCGAUUCCCCAUUGGCUAUGCGUUUGGUAGCUCUUCAAAAAGUCUGUCUCAGCUUCAUUAUUCUUCCAGUUUUCUGGAAAUCUUUGUGCUUGCUGUUUUAAUUACUGGACCAAUCUUUCAGAUUGGAGCCUGAUUAAGUUUCUUGGUUAGAAAGGGAGCCGAUACUCUCCUCAAGGAUCAUGAGUCAGUCAGUCGGUAACAGUAGCGGCAAGAAGCUCAUUCGAAUUGAUAUCAGUUCAGACACUGUAUGCCCAUGGUGCUUUGUUGGCAAGAGAAAUUUAGACAAAGCCAUUGCUGCCUCCAAAGACAGAUUUGAUUUUGAGAUAAAAUGGCAUCCAUUUUUUCUUAAUCCAUCCGCCCCUAAAGAAGGCAUUAAUAAGCUGCAGUUUUAUAGGGAAAAGUUUGGAUCCCGAACUGAUGCAAUUAUAGCUCGGAUGACAGAGGUUUUUAGGGGUCUUGGUCUGGAAUAUAACAUAUCUGGUCUCACCGGCAACACUUUAGACAGCCACCGGCUUUUAUAUUUUGCUGGCCAACAGGGUCCUGACAAGCAACAUAAUCUUGCAGAGGAAUUGUUCCUUGGUUACUUCACAAAGGCUAGAUACCUCGGUGAUAGUGAGUUUCUUUUGGAAUGUGCUGCAAAGGCUGGGGUAGGGGGUGCUGCAGAAUUCCUCCAAGAUCCACCCAAUAAUGGUGUCAAGGAGGUUAAUGAGGACCUCCAGAAGCACUCUGCAAAUAUCACAGGAGUUCCAUACUAUGUGAUUAACGGAAAGCAGAAGUUGAGUGGUGGCCAGCCUCCAGAGGUUUUCCUCAAAGCUUUUGAUGCUGCAGCAAGUUAACAGUUUAUCCCUGUUAAAAAGCUUUUAUUUUUCAUUUCCAUAUGCAGGAAGGAUUUCUUUGCCUGUACUUCUAACAUCGUAAAUAUCAGUUGACAUGUACAAGUAUCCUUUUCAUGCGAUAUAUUUAUUUACUUAUACCUUGAAUCAUACGGGUAUAGUUUACUACAUAUGUUGGAUGAGACAAUAACAAGUUAACAAUAAAUGAAGAUUUCACUUUCUUAUA